AAUAAUACACUUUCUAAAAUCUUUGAAGAAGGUUAUUGUGGAAUGAUUGUCACCAGGAUUUGGUUAAAGUCCUGUUUAUUUAUAUAAAAAAAGAUGUCCUCUUUACGUGUCUCGAAAAAUCGACCUCAUUCAUGAUAGCCUCUGGUCCAAACAAUCAUCUCUAUAAGUGUGAGAGGACGGUCAAGGUUUCCCCCAUUUGACACUACUCUGAAUAACACAUCAACAUGAAAGUUCUGUUAUUGUGUAUAAUUGGUUUGGCAUUUGCUACUGAAAGAAACGAGCAGAACUACAAAGGUCCAGUCAUUUACACAAAUUUACCCCCUCCUAUUCUCUUCUUUCCUAACUUCCCUGAUGAGCAACAAAAAAUGGUGAGUGAGGAAAAGCGUAUCGAAUACGCUCCGCUCCCUUACGAAGAUCUCCCUCUUCUCGUUUACCAUUCAGAGGAUCAACCUCCCAUUCAUGUGGUGCAGAGAGACAACAGACCGCAGCAGCAGGCCCCUUCAUCAGGGCUACCAGACCUACAAAACCAUCAGUUUAUCAGUAUAGGUCUAUCCACGGUACAACAUUUACCGCCUGAAUCGGUUGAAACACACGACAGCUCGCCUGAUGAUCAACAGACUUCGAAUCAACACUUCCCAGAGCCUCAGUACAAGGAAGCAGCACCACCGCCCAUAGCGAUUAAUCCUUCACAACUAUUGGACAGUAACUCGCCCAUCAAAGCAAAACUGCAUCAGUUGCUGCAGCAGCAUAAUGCUCUGCGUCAUCACGUCGAGCAACUCCAACUUACACCACUCACAAAAGACGGGCCACCAUCCAAAAUGAACAAAGCACAGCAGCCGCAGCAGCAACAGCAGCAAAUAUUAAGGCAUCCGCCACUUGCUAAUCAUCAACAAAUGCAGGAAGCUCCUCCAGCAACAAAGAGGCCUGCUCCUAUGAAUCGACCUUUCCAAGCCUCAAUGGGUGAAAUGACGCAAGAUUUUCCUCAAGGGCAUCACGGCAUAGGACCUCAAAACAUUCCAGAAUUUCAAAGUGAAGGAUAUGCUAAUCAUCAACAAAUGCAGGAAGCUCCUCCAGCAACAAAGAGGCCUGCUCCUGCGAAUCGACCUUUCCAAGCCUCAAUGGCGCAAGGUUUUCAUCAAGGGCAUCACGGCAUAGGACCUCAAAACAUUCAAGAAUUUCAAAGUGAAGGAUAUGCUAAUCAUCAACAAAUGCAAGAAGUUCCUCCAGCAACAAAGAGGCCUGCUCCUACGAAUCGACCUUUCCAAGCCUCAAUGGGGGAAAUGGCGCAAGGUUUUCAUCAAGGGCAUCACGGCAUAGGACCUCAAAACAUUCCAGAAUUUCAAAGUGAAGGAAGUCCUAGAGCCGAACAGAUGAAAAGGCCUGUCACUAGGCAUCGAAAAGUAAAUUCUGGAGAGCGGAGAAAAUCCCAAGGAGAUUCGAAAAAUGAUGCGAUGAAGGAAUCAGGACGCGUUAGGGAGCAAACUUUAAAGCAAACAAGAGGCCGAACUGCCCCUUCGAAUCUUAAUUCAAAGGAACAGUAUCAACAAAUAAUUAUUCACGUCCCUCACAGUGUUGUUGGAAAACCCCGAAUUGCUAUCCUCCGGGACAAUACUAAGCCACAUCUGAGAAAUAAUAACAAGAAUAGUGGCCCAUUCCGAGUACCCCCUCCAGAAAAUAGACCAAACAAUCAUCCUUCCAAACAUCUUCCUGAUCCUAGAGUGUUCAAACAAUUUCAUGUUCAGAAUGAACAAAAGCCUCCUUCCAGUGACAGGAGAGGGUCGUCACCUCCCCAUUACCACCCACACAUCAACAUUUCUUCACCCAGAAGACGUUCAUCUACUGGUCACUCAGAAUACGCUGAGGCCAUUGAUAAUCACAAGCGGCUUCUGGACAAAAUUUCAGGACAUGCCUUGAGAACUUUUGUAAAUAAUUUAGAAAAAGCUAGAGCAGAGACUGGUUCCCGGAAUUCUGAAGUUCGGAAGUUUAAACAGGGGAAUUCAGAUGGAAGAAAAUUCAUUUCGCAGGCAGAUAUUUCUGUGAAAAGGGCGCGUAUUUUUAUAAACUUGAAUUCAAAGAAGAAGCCACCUAUUAUCGUAUACAAAGGUCGUAAGCCACCCAUAGAAAUCUAUGGAAACAAACAAGACUUAAGGAUCGGUGCCCAUUAAAUGUUCUUAACUGCGAUUCAAUUUAACUGUUGUCAAUAGAACAUUCUGGAAAGGCUUUCCAACAAACUAGAAUAAUUAUCGAUUGUUGUUUACCCAUUUUCGGCCACAGUUGCGUAAACGUACCAUUUCAAUAAAAAUAAAAAUAAAAACAUUCUGAAGAUAUCUAGAAAAUAUUAAUAAUUUAAAUGAAGUAAUAACUUUCUGUUCAGAAAUUUUUUAACUCCGCUAGUUUCUUAACUUGAAACGGUGAUAGACAAAUUCAAAUUUUUGAAAAUGUACAAUUAUUCCAUUUGGUUUUAUGAUGGGCUAAAGUAGCAAAUACUGUAAAUGAGAUAAAAGAAAUUUCAUUUAGUGUUCAACUAAAUGUUUUGUCCAUUGACUAAUGGUACAUAUACGCUCCAUUUUAUUUCUUGAACAAAAUACAUUUCAUGCACAAAACUUUUGUGUCUGAAUGAAUGCAAUUUAAGCACUUUUCAAAGAAAAUACCGCAUUUGAUAAAAUGUCUGUGUUGGUUCAAAAAUGGGUUACAGCAAUGUGUGAAGAAACUACAGUUGUCAGAGUUGUCGUUGAAAUAAUGGAGAAACAAUCAACUGUUAUUCAUGUGAUUAAAACAAGGAAUCAACAAACUACAGUUGCCGUUAAAACAAUCAGUUCAACAAAUUACAGUUUAUGGAGUUGUGGUUAAAACAGUUGGUUCAGAGAAUUACAGUUAUUGAGUACCAUUCAAUGAAAGGAUCAAGAAACUACAGUCAUCAAUUGAUACAAUGAAUCAACAAGCAACAGUUGUCAGUUUUAAUUAAAACAAUGAAUUAACAAACUACAAUCGUCAGUUAUUCUUAGAACAAUGAAUCAACAAACUACAGUUACCUGUUACCAUAAAACAAAUAUGAAUACAGUUAUCCGAGUUGUUAUCAAAACGAGGGUUGUCCAACUUUUUUCCUAGUCUCACCUUAAAGUACGUUGUUGACUUUAAACUGUUUUAAUAAAAGGAUGGCAUUGCUGUAA